GGCGGUGAGCGUGCCGCGCGGGCUGAGUGGCGGCGCCGCGACACUCUCACCCGGCUCCUCAGCCGCACCGCCAGCCAGGGAACCCCCGAGCCGCGCUGUGCGCAGCGUUCACCCGCCCGCUCCGCAGGUCCCCGUGCGUCGGGCGGCGAUGGAGCCCCGGCCCGCGGCGCCCUCGUCUGGUGCUCCGCGGCCCGCCCGGGAUGGGGACGCGCCGCCGGCUGCCGCCGGGGUGGACCUGCCCGGCACAGCCGUGCCCUCCGGUCGAGAGGAUGCUACGGCCGGGAGCCAGGCCGGCGGGGUGCGCGGAGAGGGAGCCGCGGCGGCGGGCGAUGGGCUGGGCAGACCUCUGGGGCCCACCCCCAGCCAGAGCCGCUUCCAGGUGGACCUGGUUUCCGAGAACGCCGGGCGGGCCGCGGCGGCGGCCGCGGCUGCUGCUGCGGCUAAGGAGACCCCAGCGGCCGGGAAAACCGGCAGCGAGAGCGGCGUGACCAAGGGCAGCGAGGAAGCCAAGGGCCGCUUCCGCGUGAACUUCGUGGACCCCGCUGCCUCCUCGUCGGCGGACGACAGCCUGUCGGAUGCGGCGGGGGUUGGUAGUGACGGGCCCAACGUGAGCUUCCAGAACGGCGGGGACACGGUGCUGAGCGAGGGCAGCAGCCUGCACUCGGGCGGCGGCAGUGGACACCACCAGCAGUACUACUAUGACACCCAUACCAACACCUACUACCUGCGCACCUUCGGCCACAACACCAUGGACGCGGUGCCCAGGAUCGACCACUACCGGCACACGGCCGCGCAGUUGGGCGAGAAGCUGCUCCGGCCCAGCCUGGCAGAGCUCCACGACGAGCUGGAAAAGGAACCAUUUGAGGAUGGCUUUGCAAAUGGAGAAGAAAGUACUCCAACCAGAGAUGCUGUGGUCACAUACACUGCUGAAAGUAAAGGAGUUGUAAAGUUUGGCUGGAUCAAGGGUGUAUUAGUACGCUGUAUGCUAAACAUUUGGGGUGUGAUGCUCUUUAUUAGAUUGUCAUGGAUUGUGGGUCAAGCUGGAAUAGGUCUCUCCGUACUUGUAAUAGCAAUGGCCACCGUUGUGACGACUAUCACAGGAUUGUCUACUUCAGCAAUAGCUACCAAUGGGUUUGUAAGAGGAGGAGGAGCAUAUUAUUUAAUCUCCAGAAGUCUAGGGCCAGAAUUUGGUGGUGCAAUUGGCUUGAUCUUUGCUUUUGCCAAUGCAGUGGCUGUUGCUAUGUAUGUUGUUGGGUUUGCAGAAACUGUGGUGGAACUGCUUAAGGAACAUUCCAUACUUAUGAUUGAUGAAAUCAAUGAUAUCCGAAUUAUUGGAGCCAUUACAGUAGUGAUUCUUCUGGGUAUCUCUGUAGCCGGAAUGGAGUGGGAAGCAAAGGCUCAGAUUGUUCUGCUGGUGAUUCUUCUUCUGGCCAUCGGUGACUUUGUCAUAGGAACAUUUAUCUCACUGGAGAGCAAGAAGCCCAAGGGUUUCUUUGGCUAUAAAUCGGAAAUAUUUAGUGAGAACUUUGGACCGGACUUUCGAGAGGAAGAGACUUUCUUUUCUGUAUUUGCCAUAUUUUUUCCUGCUGCAACUGGUAUUCUAGCUGGAGCAAAUAUCUCAGGUGAUCUUGCAGAUCCUCAAUCAGCCAUACCCAAAGGAACGCUCUUAGCCAUCUUGAUUACGACGGUGGUUUACAUAGGAAUUGCAGUGUCUGUGGGUUCUUGUGUUGUUCGGGAUGCCACUGGGAAUGUUAAUGAUACCAUGACAAUGGAGCUAACAAACUGUACAUCUGCAGCCUGCAAAUUAAACUUUGACUUUUCUUAUUGUGAAAGUCAUGCUUGCUCUUACGGGCUAAUGAACAACUUUCAGGUGAUGAGCAUGGUGUCAGGAUUUGCACCCUUAAUCUCUGCAGGCAUCUUCUCAGCUACACUUUCAUCAGCAUUAGCAUCUCUUGUGAGUGCUCCCAAAAUAUUUCAGGCUUUAUGUAAGGACAAUAUCUACCCAGCUUUCCAGAUGUUCGCUAAAGGUUAUGGGAAAAAUAAUGAGCCUCUCCGUGGUUACAUCUUAACAUUCUUAAUUGCACUUGGAUUCAUCCUAAUCGCUGAAUUGAAUGUUAUUGCUCCAAUUAUCUCUAAUUUCUUCCUUGCAUCGUAUGCGUUAAUCAAUUUUUCAGUAUUCCAUGCAUCACUUGCAAAAUCUCCAGGGUGGCGCCCUGCAUUCAAAUACUACAACAUGUGGGUGUCCCUUCUCGGAGCGGUUCUUUGCUGCAUGGUAAUGUUCGUCAUUAACUGGUGGGCUGCCCUGCUCACAUAUGUGACUGUUCUGGGGCUGUACAUUUACGUCACUUACAGAAAGCCAGAUGUAAACUGGGGAUCCUCCACACAAGCCCUGACUUACCUGAGUGCACUGCAGCAUUCAAUUCGUCUUUCUGGGGUAGAAGACCAUGUGAAAAACUUCAGGCCACAGUGUCUUGUAAUGACAGGUUCUCCAAACUCACGUCCUGCUUUACUUCAUCUUGUUCAUGACUUUACAAAGAAUGUUGGCUUGAUGAUCUGUGGCCAUGUGCAUAUGGGCCCUCGAAGACAAGCUAUGAAAGAGAUGUCCAUUGAUCAAGCCAAAUAUCAGCGAUGGCUCAUUAAGAACAAAAUGAAGGCUUUCUAUGCUCCAGUUCACGCAGAUGACUUGAGAGAAGGUGCUCAGUAUCUGAUGCAGGCUGCUGGACUUGGUCGUAUGAAACCAAACACACUUGUCCUUGGAUUUAAGAAAGACUGGUUACAAGCAGAUAUGAGGGAUGUGGAUAUGUAUAUAAACUUAUUUCAUGAUGCUUUUGACAUACAGUACGGCGUUGUGGUUAUUCGCCUGAAGGAGGGACUGGACAUCUCACACCUCCAGGGACAAGAAGAAUUAUUGUCUUCACAAGAAAAAUCACCCGGUACCAAGGACGUGGUAGUUAAUGUGGACUACAGUAAAAAGUCAGAUCAAGAUACUUGUAAAUUAUCUGGUGAAAAAUCUGUUACACAUAAAGAUGAGGAAGAGGAUGGCAAGACUCCAACUCAGCCACUGUUGAAAAAAGAAUCCAAAGGCCCUGUUGCACCUUUAAAUGUAGCUGACCAAAAGCUUCUUGAAGCUAGCACACAGUUUCAGAAAAAACAAGGGAAGAAUACUAUAGAUGUCUGGUGGCUUUUUGAUGAUGGAGGUUUGACCUUAUUGAUACCCUAUCUUCUGACUACCAAGAAAAAGUGGAAAGAUUGUAAGAUUCGAGUAUUCAUUGGUGGAAAAAUAAACAGAAUAGACCAUGACCGGAGAGCGAUGGCAACUUUACUUAGCAAAUUCCGAAUAGACUUCUCCGAUAUCAUGGUCCUAGGAGAUAUCAAUACCAAACCAAAAAAAGAAAAUAUUGUCACUUUUGAUGACAUGAUUGAGCCGUAUAGACUUCAUGAAGAUGACAAAGAACAGGAAAUUGCAGAUAAAAUGAAAGAAGAUGAACCUUGGCGAAUAACAGACAAUGAGCUUGAGCUUUAUAAGACUAAGACAUAUCGGCAGAUCAGGUUAAAUGAAUUAUUAAAGGAGCAUUCAAGCACAGCUAAUAUAAUUGUCAUGAGUCUCCCAGUUGCACGGAAAGGUGCUGUGUCUAGUGCUCUGUACAUGGCUUGGUUAGAAGUUCUGUCUAAGGACCUGCCGCCAAUCCUCCUGGUUCGCGGGAAUCACCAGAGCGUCCUUACCUUCUAUUCCUAAUUGUUCUGCAUCGUGGAGUUCCCUCCGAGAAUGGUACUUCAGUGCCUAGUGAAGUGGCUGAGAUCGUCAGCAUCACCUCAGCAUCACAGGGGAGCUGGGACUCCUUCAUACGUCAUUAUUAGAAAGCACAUGGAAAGUCGCUCCGCUGAUGAGACACACAGAGACUUCAGUUCUAGUUUACGCCAUAGCUCAAUUUUAAUGACUGGUGAUUCAUGUUGGACUGAAGUUCAUGAGAGUAAAGUUUUCCUUUGCUACUUGAAAGCAAUAAGAGUGUAUUUUUUUUUUUUUUGAUUGAUGAAAGGAGUACAAAAGCCUUUAGCCUUGAGGUGCCUUCUGAAAUUAACCAAAUUUCAUCCAUAUAUCUAUCAUCUUUUGUAAAUUUAUAGAAUGUUUGAACUCUGCCUUCAGAUAUUAUUUUUAUUUCUAAUCUCUGUCACCUUAAGUGGACACUGCUUUUCUCCUCCCAUUGACCAGUUAGUGUUGAGUAAUGUGUGUUUUGUAUUACUUUUGUAAAGGUAUCUGUUAGAUACUAAAGAGGAUUAGGACAAAAUAAAAUA